AAAAUGCUCAGAAACGAUUUUCUUAAAGUGGUUUUAUUUCCGCAAAUUGUGUCAUAAUGAAUAACUUCCUGGUUUUCCUGAUGAUUUCGUGCGCGCUUUCGAGUAUCAUUGUUGGUGGUACUAAUGGCGAGAGUCCCGCUGAUGAAAAGGAAUUAAUAUUACAAAACUAUCCGUACCUGGUGUCACUGUACUUGAUAAGCUUCGGUCAUCGCUGCACGUCAACCAUAAUUUCCCAUACGUUCGUGAUGACGUCUGCGCACUGCUUGUACGACUUUAAGAAAAGAGAGCUCCUCAACUCGGCAGACCUGAGGCUCGUGCACGGUGCCCAGGAGAUGGACAGCUCGCUGGACCACAUCACGUCCCAGCCGGAGGCGGAGGUGCGGCACGUGGCCAGCGUGCACGUGCACCCAAAGUUCCACCUGGACAAGUUCUACCACGACAUCGCGAUGCUCCAGGUGGACGCGCCGUGGGGCGAGCGAGCCAAGCUCGUAACGAUACCUUCGUUCCACGUCUUCGGCAACGCGCUGCCUAAGGGGUACGUGUGCCACGUGGUCGGCUGGUGGUCCACCGGCAAGUGCGGUGACAUGAAGACAGUGCUGCCAUCUCUGAUUAGCGGAGUACAAUACCCGGAACUGAGGGCCUUGAAGCAACAAGAGAAGAUUCCUACCUUGAAUAUAACGCAGAUGAAUAUAAUAGAAGAGGACAGGUGCACCAAUAUGGUUAACAAAAACGGCCUACUUAUUAAAGAAAUCAGCAUCUGCACCGCCCCGAAAGAAGCGGACAACUGCGAUGGCGACCCGGGAGCCCCGCUCAUCUGCAACAACCUGCAGGUGGGCAUCCUGUCGUGGGGGCUGGGGUACAAGGAGAACGGCCGGGCCAUGCCGAUCGUGUACGUGCGGUUAGACAACUACCUGUACUGGAUGGACACUGUAGUCACCAUCUUCGAGUCGGAGGCUGUGAUGGCGGGACCUCACGUGGUUCUUCUCGCACUCCCCAUGCUGCUGGCGGUGCUCGAGGUCACCCUCUGAAGCGACGCUGCCAUGCCCGCCGACCGCUCCAGGAACUGCGUCGACUGCCUUCCACUGCAGCUCGCAUGUGUACUGAGAACAAUACAAAUUAUAUACUGUUUAACCAUC